AUGUUGUUAGAUGACUUCUAUGCAGAAAAUAGACUUUACUCCACAGAUGAAGAUGAUAUCUUUAUGAGGAACUACUUAACCUAUAUGAAAGAUGUCUUGAUAAUGGAUGAUUAUGGUGCAUGGAGUGACAAGUAAAGAUCUGUUUACUAUGAGUAUUAAAAAGACAAAGAUUCAGGAAUCAAUAGAACUCAGCUAUAUAAUGAUAUCGUUUAAGAACUUAAAAAGGCCAAAGUAGCAAAUUACCUUGAUUAUAUUUGUGAAUUCAAAGACUUCAAUAUUUGGAUGAGUAUUGAAGUAACUAGAGCUUAUCAAGUUAAACUAUCAGAUUAUUUGCAGCUUAGAAAAGAAAAGUACCCUAAUGAUUAGGACUAAUAUCUUUUAUAAUAUCAGAAAUACUACGGCAAUCACACCAUAGUACUACUACCUAUUGCAGAUAUGAUUAAUGGACUCAUCAAAGGGAAAGGAUAAAGAGAUGCAACAUUUUUAUUUUAUCCUAAGAUAUUUAGAGACGAGCCUUAUCUGCAAUUUGCUGUGAAAUCAACUUUUAAUGUUGGUGAAGAAUUCAUUUAUACUUAUAUGCCUGAUUAAUCAUAGAAGAAGCUCUUAAUGAGCUAUGGCAUGGCUGUUGAUGACAAUUAUAAUGCUAAUCAUCAUCUUAUAGUUGAUCAUGGCAUUGGCAACCUUGUAAAUGAGUAUUUGAAAUUAUGCUAAGGAAUACUAAUUUGCAUUGACAAAGAAGCAGGUAAGAGAAUUUAGAGCAAAGAAGAUUCUACCGAUAGUUCGAAUGUUUACAUCUUAAAUAAAAGGGAAAUUAACCCAUACCUCUAUAAUCUAGUUAGAGCGGGAAACAUGUAAAAAUACAGACAAAAGUUAUUAAGAAACGAUAAAUUAAUGCAUAAAAGGCUAUCAACAUUUGGAUAUUUUAAUAUGAGAAAUGAGAUGAAUGUUGUUAGAUAUCUCAUUUAAAUAUAUUCAGAGGAGUAUUUGUAGAGAUUUGCAGUUUAAUAAUUGAAUAAGGAAAUUUAAACCCUUGAACGCACUGAUGGUAUUUGGCAGAAUGAAGAUCUUAGAAGGAAACUUAUUGUUGUAAAGGCUACAGCACAAACUCAAUAGGUUAUCUAGUUAAAUAUGAAAUACACAUACUAAAGAUAAGCAUCAUUGAUUUUGCGAUUAGUUAAUUAGGAUUUGAUUGAUGAGAACAUUAAAAAUAUGAAGCAGCUACUAAACAUGCUUAUUCUGCUUAUAUUUUUCCUUUUCCCAUUUGCUUAAAGCGAAAAUAACUCAUAAGAGGACUUUUUAGAUUUUUUUAACACUGAAGGAUGA